AUGGAAGACACAACAAGAUUAAAUGAAUCCAAACUAGGUACUAAGAAAUAUUGGGAUGAUUUCUAUUCAGUAGAGAGAGUGAACUUUAAGGAAAACCCAGAAGAUACGGGAGAAUGUUGGUUUGAGGAUAAUGGAGCCGAGGAAGGAAUGGUAAAUUUCAUUGUUGAAAAUUUAAACGAGUUUAAUAACAAAGAAUCAUCAGUGAUUGAUCUUGGUACAGGUAAUGGCCAUCUAUUAUUUGAACUGUAUGAAAAUGAUUUCGAGGCUAAUAUGUUAGGUGUUGAUUAUUCUGCAGAGAGUGUACAAUUUGCUACAGAUAUAGCGAAGGCUAAAGAAUAUCCUGUGAAGUUUACCCAGGCAGAUAUAUUUGAUUCCAAUUGGACUCCAGGUGAGUUUGAUAUUGUGGCAGAUAAAGGUACAUUGGAUGCAAUUGCUCUUAGUGGUUUGACUGUAGGUGAAAAUAAUCAAUCUGUUGUUGAAGUAUAUCACUCUGUCAUAGAAAAGAUACUGAAAAAAAAUGGUACAUUUUUAAUAACAUCAUGUAAUUUUACUGAAGAAGAAUUGAUUAGAAUCAUAACAAAGGGACAAUUAGCAGUUUCAGAAACUAUUGAAUAUCCAGUCUUUGAAUUUGGUGGUGUUAAAGGUAGUACAAUUUGCAGUGUGGCUUUUGUUAAAAAGUAA